CUCCCAUCCAUCCGCUCACCAGCCGUGUCGUUCGCCGCUUCGUUUUCGCCCUAGCGAACUCGCUCGACAUCGUUGGGGUUUUCCCUACUCGUCCGCCCUCCCAUCUGCCCUUCCUCAUGUCGUCCCCCACUGAGAAGGAGGCCGGCUCGACCGAGCCGGUCAAGGAUACCAACCAACCCGAGAUCCCUGCCGAGGAGCCUGAAAAGAGGAAGCGAGAGUACAAGGAUUUUGGACAUGAGCAGGAGAAGGCUACGCACGCCAAGGUGGACAUGUCGCAAAUCCAACUGCGCGCGGAAGACCUUUAUGACAAGGAAAAGGUCGACCUCGAGACCAUCGUCGUGGAGGAUGUCUUCAGACUCCUCCAGUGCGACGACAAUGGCUUGUCUGACGAGGAGGUUCUUCGUCGUCUCGAGCUGUUCGGCCCGAACAGGCUCGAAUCUGAGGAGCAGAACGCUUUUCUCCAGUUCUUGUCGUUCAUGUGGAACCCGCUAUCGUGGGUCAUGGAGGGUGCCGCGCUUGUCGCUAUUGUUCUCUCGAACGGCGAGCACCAGCCGCCAGAUUGGGAAGACUUCGUCGGUAUCAUCCUCCUUCUGCUCAUCAACUCCGGUAUUGGUUUCUACGAAGAGCGCAACGCUGGUAACGCCGUCAAGGCGCUGAUGGACUCCCUCGCUCCCAAGGCCAAGGUCAAGCGCGCUGGCUCAUGGAAGGAGAUCGAUUCUGCGGAUCUCGUCCCUGGCGACAUGAUUUCGUUCAAGAUCGGUGACAUCGUUCCCGCCGACUGCCGUCUGACCGAGUCCAUCAACGUGUCGAUCGACCAGGCUGCGCUCACUGGCGAGUCAUUGCCUCAGAGCAAGAAGGUUGGCGAUCAGUGUUUCUCUGGUUCGACUUGCAAGCAGGGAGAGGCUGAAGGUGUCGUCAUCUCCACCGGUCCUAACACAUUCUUCGGUCGCGCCGCGUCGCUCGUCGGUCAGGACGACGACACCACCGGUCACUUGCAGAAGAUUCUUGCGCAGAUCGGCUCCUUCUGCCUGAUCUCCAUUGGUAUCUUCGUCAUCGCCGAGAUCUUCUGCUUGUACGCCGGCUUCCGCUACAACUACCGUCGUGGCCUCAACGACAUCCUGGUGCUCCUGAUCGGCGGUAUCCCCAUCGCCAUGCCCACUGUGUUGUCCGUCACCCUGGCUGUCGGCGCCCAGCAGCUCGCGAAGUACAAGGCUAUCGUCACUCGUAUCACUGCCAUUGAGGAACUUGCCGCCGUCACCAUCCUGUGCUCUGACAAGACCGGUACGCUCACGACGAACAAGCUCACCAUCGACCGCGAGACUAUCCGCACUUACGGUCCCUUCUCCGCUGAGGACGUCAUUCUUCUCGCCGCGUACGCUUCGCGUACCGAGAACCAGGAUGCUAUCGACUCUUGCGUCGUCGGCGCUCUCACCGACACCACUCGCGCGCGCUCUGGUAUCAAGCUGCUCGACUUCAAGCCCUUCAACCCUGUCGACAAGCGUACGGAGAUCACGUACCGUGAGGAGUCGACUGGCCGCCUCAAGCGCGUCACCAAGGGUAUGACCGGUAUCAUCAUCGAGCUCUGCUCGCGUAACAAAACCGAGGAGCAGGAGAACAAGCUCGAGGCUGACGUCGAGGAGUUCGCCGCGCGUGGUCUGCGUGCGCUCGCUGUCGCUUACGAGGAGGUUGAGGGUGACGACUUCGAGGGUGAGGGUAACGGAUUUGAGCUGAUUGGUCUUCUCCCUAUCUUCGACCCUCCUCGUACGGACACCAAGCAGACGAUCGACGAUGCCAUGCUUCUCGGCGUCAAGGUCAAGAUGGUCACCGGCGAUCAGCUCGCCAUCGCGAAGGAGACCGGUCGUCGUCUCGGUCUCGGUGACCACAUGUACCCGGCUAAGGUGCUCAAGGACGGUCCCGAGGCCGGUGGCAAGCAUGCGUCGCUUGACGCGAUGAUCCUCGACGCCGACGGUUUCGCUGGCGUCUUCCCCGAGCACAAGUACGAGAUCGUCAAGCGUCUCCAAGGUCUUGGUCACUUGGUUGCCAUGACUGGUGACGGUGCGAACGACGCCCCCGCCCUCUCCCGUGCUAACGUUGGUAUCGCCGUCGAGGGCGCUACCGACGCUGCCCGUGGCGCUGCCGACAUCGUCUUGACGGAGCCUGGUCUUUCCACCAUCGUGCACGCCAUCCGGGGAUCGCGCGUCAUCUUCCAGCGUAUGCGCAACUACUCGAUCUACGCCUGCGCCGUCACGAUCCGUAUCGUCGUCUGCUUCGCUAUUCUGGCCUUCGCGUUCAAAUUCGACUUCCCGCCGUUCAUGGUCCUGAUCAUCGCCCUGCUCAACGACGGUACCAUCAUGACUCUGUCGGUCGACCGUGUUCUGCCCUCGAGCACACCUGACAGCUGGGACUUGGCCGAGAUCUUCUCGUACGCCGUCGCUUACGGUAUCUACCUCACUGCGUCCACGAUCGCCCUCGUCGCUAUUUGCAUCAAGACAGAGUUCUUCUACAACAAAUUCGGCGUCACGUUCGAGAAUGGGCUCACGCAGGCGACGAACCACAACGACCGUGUCCUUCACUCGAUUGUCUACCUCCAGGUCGCCAUCAUCUCGCAGGCCCUCAUCUUCGUCACACGUUCGCACAGCUUCUUCUUCAUGGAGAGGCCGUCUGUUGCACUGUUUGUGGCGUUCUGCAUCGCGCAGCUCGUGUCGACGAUCAUCGCUGUGUACGCCGACUGGGGCUUCACUGACAUCCACGGAAUCUCCGGUGGUUGGGUCGGUAUCGUUUGGGUUUGGGACAUCAUCUGGUUCGUCCCUCUCGACUGGAUCAAGUUCGCGAUGAAGGCCACCAUCAUCAAGAAGCUUCGCAACCGCCACAACGCCGCAAUGGCGGAGGCUUCCAUCGCCCAGUCGUCCGGUGUCCCCAUGACUCGCACCCAGUCUCGCGCGGCUUCCGUCCACGAGUCCCUCUACUCCAACCGUGUGUCGUUCAUCCGCCGCGCCGCCCGCAAGGUCGGCUUCGGCACCAAGGUCUCGAUGAAGCCGGAGGAGCUUCAACGCUUCAGCAGCAUCCAGGCCCAGCGUGCGGGCGCGACCCUUGCGCGCAACCCCUCCCGCACCGCUGCAUAGAGUACGUGGGCUGCCGACGUGUUGGUGGCUGGCCGUGGCUAAGGCUCAGGUGUCGUCCCUUCUAUCCGUUGUAAUUCGCGUAUACCCCUGUAUCACCGCCUCCCUCUCGACACCUGCGGUACUGGUCUGGCUGGUUGCUCGCGCGCCGGUGCGUCUCCGUGUACUCUUUUGUGUUUCUUACUUCGACGAUUCAUGUCUUACAUGACCCUGAUUCUAUUCAUGUUGUACACGCUCCACGACGUGCGGUUUCAGUCCGUAGUUCGCAUCACACGACCGUAUGUUAUAUACAUAGCAAAAGUAAUAUCAUGCAUAGAUUCCCGGG